GCCAAUCAGAGCGAACCUUCUAACAUACGAGAAAAAACUGAAGUUGUCCUGUUUCCUCGGCAAGCAAUGUCUGAGUUCGCCAUGGAGAAUUCGUCCGUGUACAUGUGCUUCCCCUGCUACCAGGAGUUUAACACCCUGGAAGAGGUCCUCAAGCACCAGUUGACAUGCACCGCUGGUGAUGAACAGCCAGACACUUCUGGAACCAACCCCGUCGCUGUCCCGGUGCUGGAGACGCAGCAACAUAUAAUAAAUAUAUCAAAGGCAGAGGAAAUCCCAGAGGAAGUUCAAGCAGGAGAUCCCUCUGUGCAGCCUAUGGAAAGUGCUCCCUCUCAGGAUGCAGUCAGUGGAUCAUCAGACCAGCCCAGGAUCCUCUACCAGUGUGGGGAUUGUGAUGAACUUUUCAAGAGCCUUGUACUUUGGCAGCAGCACCGUAAAGAAGGGACAUGUCAGCAAUCUGCUGCUGAGACCAAGUCAAAACCAGAUUCAGAGACUAUGCCAGAGACCUCCUCAGACCAGAGCGCAGCCUUAUCUUUAUAUUCAGUUGUUGAUUCUUUCUCACAGAGUGAAACUAGCAAUGACAUCAAUUCAGAAGCAGUUGAAAAAGCUUUGCAUGAGCUGGAGAGGCAGGAAGGUACAGAGACCACUUCAUCUCAGAGCUCUGAUCCUCCUGCUUCUGAGAUCGUUUCAGUCUCAAAUCAAGAUGAUUCGUCUCCCAAGAAAAGAGGAGCAAACAAGAAGCCAAAGCCUGAACCAGUCCUCUUGUGUGUAGACUGUGGUUCGUGCUUUGGCCUGGUGUCUGAACUAGUGGCCCACCGCAAGACCCAACACGGCUUUGAGGAGGCUCUGCACCGCUGCUCCGUGUGCGGGGAAAGCUUUCUAAACACCACUCUCUUCCUCUAUCACCGAAAACAGCACCGACAGAAGGGCGAGGAAAAGGCUGUAGAGGUUACAGAGGUUUUUACUCAGAGCAAUGGUGCAGAUGAGCAGGACCAUGAUGCGCCUCCUUCCUCCACCAGUGUUGACUCCACUUUCACGCAGCCUGAGCUGUUCGUGUGCACCCUUUGUCUUCAGAGCUUUAGCGAUGAGGGAGGGCUGGUUACACAUCGUAAGCAGAAGCACAAUCUUAAUGAGCCCCUACACACUUGUGCCUUCUGUGAUCUGAGCUUCAUGAACACCACCCAGUACCUGUAUCACUGGCGACAGCACCGCUUCAUGUCAGUGACAGAGGUGGUUGUUGGGGCGGGAACUGGUGUUGAAGCAGCCACCAUUAAACCUCAGGAUAGCCCACAGAGCACAAAGCGACUGCUUUCUUCACCUGCUUCAGCUGGUGAAUCAGGUUCCCCCCUUUCUAAGAGAAGCAGGCCUUCUUUCAGGAUCCUGAGUGCUAAUGCACUUAAAGGAAACAAGAGUUUAGACAUUAAAGAAGAAUUAGAGGGCAGCACUGGAGCAGACUCAGACAACACCAAUCACCCUCCACCUGCCAAGCUGCUACAGGACUGGGCUCGAACACCACUCCCGCACGUGUGCCCCUACUGUGGCAAAACAUUCACCCGACGCGUCUUCCUCCGCACGCAUGUCUACAGCCACACUGGAGAAAAGCUCUUUACUUGCAAGGUCUGCACAAAGUCCUUCACCAACUCGCAGAGCCUGCUGCGCCACAGCAUGAGCCACACGGGCAAUAAGCCCUUCAGCUGUGAUGUUUGUGGCAAAAACUUCUCCCAGGCAGCCACCCUGAAGAGACACCAACGCAUCCACACAUCGACACUGCCUCGUCGCAAGCGUGGACGCAAACCAGUGUGUAGUUUGGACAAUGAAGGAGCAGCUCAUCUCUUCCCUUGUCCUAACUGUCCUUCACGCUUCAACACUGAGGAUCAGCUUAACCAUCACAAAUUGCUCCACACCAGCCACCCGUUCCCUUGCUCCGAGUGUGGAGAGGCCUUCAAACGCAGGAAAGACCUGGACCUGCACUCCCUCAUACAUCAAGACAAGCAGCCAGCGACAUGCCCUCACUGUUCGUCCCAGUUUAUCAAUCAGUCAGUGCUGGAAAUCCACCUGCAGCGCUGUCCUACUACAGAAGAGGAGAAGAAUACUGGUCGUGGGAGGGGCCAGGGUCGGGGACGCUGCACUGGACAGAUUGAGUGUGACCUUUGUGGACACCGUUGCAUGACCCAAGAGGGCCUCGACCUUCAUCGUUUAUCCCACACAGGCCAGACACCUCUCAAGUGCCCAGUGAGGCCGUGCCGCCGCCGAUUUAUCUCCAACAGUGCCCUGGAGGAGCAUGUGCUGGCGCAUUUUCAAGGAACGCUCAGCAAGUCCAAAAUUCGACCCCGCUUCCGCUGUCAGAUUUGCCACAAGGAAUUUGCCUAUAAUUCCACCUUUAACGUUCAUAUGAGGACACAUACUGAUGAGAGGCCCUUUGAGUGCGCCACAUGUGGUAAGCGCUUCCGCCAGCUGCCCCAUCUGCAGGAUCACGAGCGUAUCCACAGCGGUGUGCGGCCUUUCUGCUGCUGGAUUUGCGGCAAGAGUUUCAGCGUCGCUGCUCGCCUCACCGAGCACGCCCGCACCCACAGCGGUGAGAAGCCCUACCCGUGCCCUCACUGUCCUGCUGCCUUUCGCUCUCGUUCCAACCUGGAUAAACACAUCCGACUGCACGGGGACCUGCCUCCGGAAACAGCUGAGCAGGUGGUUAAUGCAGCUGAAGCUGCUCAGGUCCAGAAGGUGCUGGAGGGAGCCAAGGCGCUGUCUUCUCUGGCUACCGCAGAGGAGGUUGAGUCUGCCUCUGUGCAGACCAUUUAUGUGCUGCAGGGAGCCGAAGGGAGUACUGAGACCGUAAUGAUCCCAUCUGAUCAACUCACUGGCAUAGGAGCGUCGCAGGUUGUCAUUCUGCCCUCCUCUGUUCUGGGAACUCAGGCCAUCACUGUUCCCACCAUCACCAUGGACGGUAGUGAAAUCACCAUGGUGGAGACGAGCCAAUCACCACAGCAUACCAUUGAGUUCAUUAUGGAGGAGACUGUUUGAAGGUAGCUUAGAAACUAUCCUGGACAGCAAAGACUCAUAGUUGAGAAACACUGAAAAAUUGCUAAUAUAGACUGCUGGUGAACUGAUCAUUUUGACAGAUGAAGUCAUUACCCUAUAUGUUCAUAGUCUGGCAGGUUUCUAAAACAGUUUAAGUCCCUCCCUGUGUAAUAAGUAUUCAGCAGACAAAGGAACUUAAUGACAUGGAGGAAACAUUCAGAGAACACCUUAAAUUAGCCUUUCAGACUAAUAGAACUGUUUGUGAAAGUGGCCCUCAAUUGUUGUGCAUUUACAGCCCCUGUUUAUUAGGGGAAGACGUGGUCAUUCCAUGAAUUAUUCUCUGCUUUCUUUAUAAUAAAACGCUUCAGCAUUCACUCUGUGAA